GAUCCGGAGGCAGUUGUAAAGUGCUUGGAGGACAGCAGAGCGAUUUUUUAAACACUUUAUUUUAUUUUUCCAAGUAUAUUUAUAGGUUGGCUGCAGGGAGCUGUUGGGGAAACCUGGAAAGAAUUUUGGGAAGCGUCAGGAUCUGCUUUCUGUUCCGUUUUUUUGGUGGCGAGGCGACUAGAUUCCCCUAGAUUCCUCUCCUAUUGCCCGGGAGCCCCCGGAUUUUGGUUGGUUUUUUUGCAUGCCAUUUAGGGCUGGGUUCGGCCAGGAGGGAGAAAGCGCAAGGGGGAUCAGCCUCUUUGAUUACGAGCUCUCUGCGGAAAGGAUCCACUUGCUUGGAAGGGGGAACCUGGUCUCUGCGAUUUUUGCAAAGCGAUCUCCUUAGGUUCACCGCAAGCCAAUGACUCUCCCUGCAAUAGGAAACGUUUGGUUCUAGGAUUAUUUCCUCCUCUUCGUGGGGAAUCUUUUUGGAUCUAAGGAGACCCUCGGACUUUAUCCUUUUUUCCCUCCCCACAGUCCCUGCAAGGAAAUAUUUCUUCCUGGGAGAUCCCUCUGUGAGCCGGUUGGCUGCUAAAUUUGGAGCGGGCUGGCCGGGCGGGGGGGAGGCCAAUCGCCGGCCCCCUGGAGGUUUAUUUCAAGGCUAGUGGAAGAAGAGACAUCGCCACCUCCACCCCGCGGCUCCCCAAGUCUCCCAACCUUCCUCCCUCUUCCCCCCCUUUCUCCUCCAAUCGAUCGUCCGGACUGAAUAGGUGGAUUUCGCUCCGUCUCCAACCCGGGAAUUCUGUUUUCUGCCGUUGUUUCCACGGGGCUUUGGUUUUGAUCCGUUUUUCCCCCCACCUCGGUACCACCGUCGAAGGAGAAGACCUCUGGCCGGGGGGCGCCUGCUGGAUCUCGCUCUCCUCGCCAUGGCCCGACCUGCGGCCCAGGCUAGCCCCACGCCUAGCCCCAUGCUCUCGGCUCCUCCUCUGGGGCUCGCCAGCCCCAGCUCUGCCAUGGUCAGCCUCAAGAGUCUCCUCCAGGGACCGGUCAAGAGUCCCGAUCGCCGGGGGCCCAAGGACCUGGGCGCAUGUGUGAUCAAAGAGAAGGAACGGAAGAUGGAGGACGAUCUGAGCAUCUCGCGACCCGGGCACUGCGCUUACCUGGGGUCCCUCCUGUGGGAGCGUACUCUUCCCUACAAUGAGAUUGAAUAUGUUGACUUGGAUGAGUUUUUGCUGGAAAACGGCUUGCCUCCGAGUCCGGCCCAUCAGUCCUUCUCGCCAGGCAGCCAGCCCACUGCAUCGCCUUCCAGCGGGGUUGUGGUGGACCUUAGCCGCCCGGCAUCGUGCGCGUCAUCAUCUUCAAUCUGCUCCUCAUCUGGUGAAGGCCUAGUGGGUAGUGAUUAUGACCACCACUGCAGCAAGACAGGCCCUGUCACGCCUGUGUCUCGAAGCACGCCCAGUCCUGUGGACCCCGAGGCUGUGGAUGUUCUCAUGAACUUCGACCCUGACCCCGCUGACUUGGCGCUCUCCAGCAUCCCGGGACAUGAGACCUUUGAUCCCCGUAAGCAUCGCUUUUCUGAGGAGGAACUCAAACCACAACCUAUCAUGAAAAAGGCCCGGAAAAUACAGGUGCCAGAUGAUCAGAAGGAUGAGAAAUAUUGGAACCGGAGGUAUAAAAACAAUGAGGCAGCAAAACGUUCACGGGAUGCCCGCCGCCUCAAGGAGAACCAGAUCACAGUCCGAGCGGCCUUCCUGGAAAAGGAGAAUGCCGUCCUGCGUCAGGAGGUGGCCAACAUCCGCCAAGAACUCACCCGCUACCGCAGCAUCCUCUCCAAGUAUGAAUCGCAGCAUGGCACCUUGUAAAAUGCACGGCGGGGGAUGUUGUGCUCUUCUCCAUUGCCCCACCUCUGAAGCAGUGGGGCCACCCUGGUUUUCAACCCUGAUCCCUGUCUUCCCGGGCAAACAAAUAAUCAAACAACAGAUGUUUGGAACGAGGGGAAAGGUCCGAGGUGGGUGAUUCCCACGUACGGGACUAUCGUGGUCCGGGUGCACGACAGAAGGGAUAAAGACUUUCUGGGCUGGCGCAUGCCGACCCUCACCAAGACAAGGGCGGUGAUGUCAAGAUGAUGUUGAACCGGGCAUUGUAGGCACAUGGAACACACACAACACACAAGGGCUCUGGUGCACGCUGGAAGAUGUCUUGUAUGCGUGUACACACACACACACACACACACACGUUAGGUUUGUUGGCAGACUUUAAUGUCUGAGGGCCGGAAUUCAAUCCCAGACUGCCACAUUUGCUCACCUCUGCUUGUCAUAUGUGGCAUUUGGCUUGAUGACAUGGUUGGCUCAGGAGGCAUCAGGUGUGUCAGGAUGCCUGGGUUCUCAUUCUCUCAACAGCAGGUGCAUCUUUUCAAGCAGAUGUUUUGCACAAGAUUUAUCAAUCCCUUUCUUGUUUCUCCCAUUGACUCUUCAACAGGGGUGGGGGACAGGAUGAUGAAAGGCAGCCGGCUGCAGUGGUGGGCAUGGGACCCAGGUGUCCUGGGCUCCUCUUCCCCACCAGGCAUUAAACCACUACAUCCUCCACCCCCUUCACAAGAGAACCCAGGACUCCUGGCACCCUGAAAAGAGGACAAGAGGAUUUUGUUCUUUCUGGCAGCAGUAAACAUCUUUUUUUUUUUCCUUCUGCCUACAAAAUGCCAAAAUUAAAAACAACAAAAACGGGUCGCACUCGCAUAUUUUUCCACAAUUGGACUUGAAUGGGCUUUUGUGUCAGAGGGCAGGUGUUAGGGGUAUUAGUUUAUUAUGAUUAUCUUAUACUUACUUUUAGUUAAAAGGCAAGUGAUGGAUUCUGUUUUCUUCUCCCUCCCCUCCCCGCUGUUUUGUGUCAAGCACUGUCUGAUGUAGUCAUGUAUAGAAACUCAACAAACACAAAACCUCAUUGAUGACCCUACAUAAAUAUGAACAUUCUAUAUAUAUAUAAAUAUAUAUAAAUAUAUAAAAUUUUCUCUUUUUUUUGUAAAAAAAAUAUAAAUAUAUAAAGACUCCAGGAGAGACUUGAGAGAUUAAACUAUGUUCUUCUAUUGGGGAAAGGAUGGUUCUUUCGUACAGAAAGGGGGGGGAUAUGGUCUUUUUAUCUCCUUUGGGGAGUUUCCUGGUCUUUUUAAUUUUCCACGUAACAAUGUUGCUGAUUGGGGGCGGGGAGCAACCGAUAGAACAGAUUUUUCAAAAGGAUGUUUACAAUUGUAUACUACAAGCAAAGAGAAAUAAAGACAGGAUUUGGAAAAAAAAGAAUGAACAAAAACCAGCACUGUUACGU